AAGCCUCAUGUCUCCUCUGUCCUUCCCAACUCUCUCUCUCGCUCUCUCUCUCUUGGAUUUCAAGAGACAAACUCGCCUCGACUCAGCUCAAAGUGCUUGCAGGCUUCUGCUGGAUGCCAGGCGACAGUUGAGUCGAGAGAGUAAGUUCAGGGAGAGUGCUGAUGGGAAGUGACUGACUGAGUCUACUGUGUAACGAUGGUCUAUGAAUUUUAAGCUCAAAAUUUCUACAUAGAGGGAGUUGAGAUCUAGAGGACUGAAAAUCGCCGAAGUAGAGUGGACGCAGCAGGUCCAGGUGCAAAACUCUAGAUCGGAUAUCUUACUGCAAGUCGUCUGGAUUGAGGGUGUAUACAGAAUUUGCUAGCUAGACUAAGUUUUGAAUUGGUGCCCGUGCCUGGUUGAAGAUGCUGGGGGAUUUCAAGCAGUCUGGGAAUUUGAUCGAGCGCAGAGCCUAGAUCAGGAACAGGCUUAUGCAGAUCUGUCAGAGAAUGCCGGCACUAUAGGACCUCAUAUCGGGCUUCAGAGGAUUGAUAGGCGUAAAUGCUCGAAGGCGUGAGAACAAGUUAGAAGGAGAGGGAGCCCUCGAGCUUCCCUUUCGGGAGCCAGGCCUACACCCCGAGGACUGAGGUGCAGGUCGACCGAUAUCCGAGAUGGCUUCGAAUCCCAAUGUGCCACCUCCGGGUCAAAACAACCCGCGACGCACCAUGAGUGGCAGAUUCGUCUCCAACUCUCGGGACGACCACGAUCAGUCCAUGGACAUGACUGGAGAUGUAAGCGCUGAUUUCCCAUACACAGUGCAUAUCCCUCCUACGCCGGACAAUCAGCCGAUGUCGGAACCCAACACCCCUCGGGAUGCCUAUGGAAAUCCAGUGUGGUCUAAGGAUGAGUACACUAGCGGCGCUGCCGAUGCGAAUGCGACCGGAGAGCCCACGUCUCCUUCACAGACCAAAAAGCGAAGGCCACUAACGCGCAAAGUGUCGAUUUCAGCGGGCAUCAUCUACUCGUACAGGGCUCUGGCUCUACUGAGGCUGGUGGUUCUGGGAUUCUUCUUGACAUGGCGAGUGAAGAAUCCCAACAGGGAUGCAAUGUGGCUCUGGGGAAUGUCGGUGGUGUGCGAGCUCUGGUUCGCUUUCUCGUGGAUUCUCGAUCAGCUGCCGAAGCUCUGCCCCGUGAAUCGGCUGACGGAUCUUGCCGUCCUCAAGGACAAGUUCGAGAAGCCCAGUCCCGAAAAUCCCCGUGGGCGCCCCGAUCUGCCAGGUAUGGACGUGUUCGUCUCCAGUGCAGAUCCAGAGAAGGAACCGCCUCUUAUCACUGCGAACACCAUCCUGUCGAUUCUGGCCGCCGACUACCCUGUCGAGAAACUGGCCUGCUAUCUGUCCGACGAUGGAGGUGCCCUUCUCUCCUUCGAGUCCUUGGCCGAGGCGGCCAGCUUCGCCAGAGCGUGGGUGCCAUUCUGCCGGAAGCACGCCAUCGAGCCCCGGAACCCCGAGACUUACUUCCUUAUCCGUGGGGAUCCCACCAAGGGCAAGGUGAGGACGGAUUUUGUCAAGGACCGCAGGCGGGUGAAGCGCGAGUACGAUGAACUGAAGGUGCGAAUUAAUGGAUUGACCGACUCCAUCCGCAGAAGAUCGGACGCUUACAACGCACACGAAGAAAUCCGCGCCAAGAGACAUCAAAUCGAGUCCGGUGCCGAUCCUUCGAUUCCACUGAACGUUCCCAAGGCGACCUGGAUGGCUGAUGGCACCCACUGGCCUGGAACCUGGGUCAUUUCCGGCAAGGAACACAGCAAAGGAGACCACGCUGGAAUUAUUCAGGUGAUGCUGGCACCACCCAGCUGCGAUCCGGUCAUGGGAAGCAACGAUCUGGAGGAGAAUCUGAUCGACACGACCGACAUCGAUGUGCGACUGCCGAUGCUGGUGUACGUAUCUCGAGAGAAGCGACCCGGUUACGAUCACAACAAGAAGGCCGGAGCCAUGAACGCCUUGGUGCGCACCAGUGCAGUCAUGUCCAACGGACCCUUCAUCCUCAAUCUGGAUUGUGAUCAUUACAUAUUCAAUUCCCUUGCUAUGAGGGAAGCUAUGUGCUUUAUGAUGGACCGCGGUGGUGAUCGAAUCUGCUACGUCCAGUUUCCCCAGCGGUUCGAGGGAGUGGAUCCGAACGAUCGAUACGCUAAUCGAAACACGGUGUUUUUUGACAUCAACAUGAGAGCUCUGGAUGGGCUUCAAGGUCCCGUCUACGUCGGAACCGGGUGCUGCUUCCGAAGAAUCGCUCUGUACGGAUUCGAUCCUCCCCGCGGUGGCCACAAGAAACUAAAAAAGAAGGCGGCCCUGCUGGCGCAGAUGGCCAACGACGAGGACGAAUUCGAGUCGCGAGGCCUGCUCCCCAAGCAGUACGGGCAGUCGAAGAUCUUCGUAGCCUCCAUUCCCGUGGCGGAGUUCGCGGGGCGACCUCUGGCCGAGCCCGGAAUCCCCCACGGGCGACCGGCCGGAGCCCUGACGGGCCCGCGAGAGCCACUGGAUGCGGCGACGGUGGCCGAAGCGAUCAACGUAAUCUCGUGCUACUACGAGGACAAGACCGAGUGGGGCGGGCGAGUGGGCUGGAUUUACGGCUCGGUGACAGAGGAUGUGGUGACCGGGUUCCGAAUGCACAAUCGUGGCUGGAAGUCGAUCUACUGCGUCACCAAGCGAGACGCGUUCCGGGGCACGGCGCCCAUCAAUCUGACGGAUCGACUGCACCAAGUGCUGCGGUGGGCCACGGGGUCUGUGGAGAUUUUCUUCUCGCGGAACAACGCCAUCUUUGCCAACUCGCACAUGAAAUUCCUGCAACGUGUCGCGUACCUGAACGUCGGCGUUUACCCAUUCACGUCUAUCUUCCUGAUCGUGUACUGCUUCCUGCCGGCACUGUCGCUCUUCUCGGGUCAGUUUAUCGUGCAAAAUCUCAAUGUGACUUUCCUGGUCUACUUGCUGGUCAUUUCCGUCUGCCUGUGCCUGCUGGCUAUUCUCGAGGUCAAGUGGUCGGGAAUCACUCUGGAAGAAUGGUGGAGGAACGAGCAGUUUUGGGUCAUCGGAGGUACGAGUGCCCAUCUGGCUGCCGUGCUCCAAGGUCUGCUCAAGGUCAUGGCCGGAGUGGAUAUUUCUUUCACGCUCACGUCCAAGUCCGGAGCCGAGGACAUGGACGACGAGUUCGCGGACCUGUACGUCGUCAAGUGGACUGCGCUCAUGAUCCCGCCCAUCACCAUCAUGAUCGUCAACCUUAUCGCCAUCGCCGUUGCUAUAUCGAGGACAAUUUACGCCGUGCUGCCGCAGUGGAGCAAGCUCCUGGGAGGUGUAUUCUUCAGUCUGUGGGUGCUCUCGCACAUGUAUCCGUUCGCCAAGGGUCUGAUGGGCAGAAGAGGUCGCACUCCCACCAUCGUCUACGUGUGGUCUGGCAUGUUGGCGAUCGUCAUCUCGCUGCUGUGGGUGACUAUCAGUCCUCCCGAAAACAGCACCGGAGUGGCCACCGGAGGAUUCAACCCUUGAGCAUCGGAUGAAUUCCUGGUACAGUAUAAAGUAGGAUAAAUUGAGAAUUGUUUAGCCGCCGCCGCAGUCGAGCUCGAGCUCGAACUUGGUGAAGUCUGACAGGAUUAGAGCACAUUAAAAAUCACGAAACGGUUGCAGGAUUUGCUGCGCUCGGCUUGAUUUCCAUCCUCAGGCGGUGUGAAUUUUGCUCUCAUUCACAGCCAGUAACUGUUAACAUUUCUAGAUAGAUAGCUAAUUAAUGCGCCCUGCCGGUACCUGAAGCUGACUGGGUGGGAAGGGAAGUCAGGACCAGGUGGUGAUCCUGACGCCUGUGCCCGCCCUGAAUUGUUCGGAUCGACAGAGGAAUGUCCGACGAAUAUUCGACUCCGUCAGCUCCGAUGGGUCCUCCGACUUCCUCGAGCGAGCGGGCAGAACUACUACACCUCUCAGGACGUUUCUCAAAGUCGCAGGCUGUACCACCUCUGAAGCGCCUCCAAUUGGACCCGGAAAUUUCAUCUUGGCCAUCCAUAAACGUCGAUCCGUUCGACGACUUGGUCUCGGGACUGCACAAAUCGCUGAAUGGAUCUCUAGCAAUCGAGAAUCCUCGAUUAGACAACUAUAUACUUGCACAAGUACAUCCUUUCAAAUUGGCCGAAUUCGCACUUCCGAGUUGGCGAUACACUAUGAGCAACCCCAUUAACUCGGGACACAUGUACCAAAUUAGAUGAUUUUUUUAUAUGAAUGCCAUUCACCCCAGUGUGGGAAGAGGUCGUCGUCAUACGAGCUUAGAAAAUGUGGAUUCCUUGACUUUCGGAAGGCCUUCUGCACAGUAACCUCGAUACUGAAUCUCCGUACCCAGGGGAUUACAUUGUAGCAUCGCGCUUGAUAAUUGAUUGUUCUGAUUCAUUAAAAAAAGGGAUCUUCCGUCGCUUGCCCUGCAUGAGGCACCACUUGCUGAU